CCUGACCGGGGGGCUGAGGACAGCUGAGGACAGCGACGGACUCGCGAAGUUGCGCCGCCCCGGUUCAGACAGCUGCACUGGAGCAGAUAGAAGCCGAGAUAGUGAUUGAAAGUGAUGGUAAAAGGAUUUAGCCUCGGCAUUAACACAGAGGGAGGGAGAGAGAGAGAGAGAGGGAGGGAGAUAGGAAACAGAGAGAGAGAGGAAGAGGAGGAGGGAGGGUGAUAUUUUCCAUAAAGCCCUUUCCACCCCCCUCCCCUCCCUCUCUUUCUGCCCUUGAGCAUCCCGGGUAAACCCGAAGCUUGUAAAGUGGGAAGAGGAGGAGGAGGGACGGAGGAGGAGAGGGGGGUCUGAUCGGGGCGGGCUCAAGCCUUUCUUCAAACUCAAUAUUUUAUACUUUUGAUACUCCCUGACGGUGGAAUUCAUUCCUCUUUUCCCGGCCGAUCCCAGAUCUAGGACGCCGCUGAGCCGUCAUUGCGCAGCCAUCUACGGUGGGAUAAAAGAAAGAUUUAAAAAUAGAAGAAGAAAAAAAGUGUCCGGCGGACUGCAAAUAAGAAUAAUAAUAACAACAACAACAAUAAAAAAAGCAACAAACAGCGCGCAGGGCAGAUUGAUAUCGGGAGUACAGUGAGGAGACGGCGGCGGGGAGCGAGUACAGUGGAGGAUCGGACGGGAUUUAGUGCUGACUGGCCUCAGAGAGACGCGUGCAAGAACGCUCCAGAUCUACAAGAGGAGCCCAGGCGGUCUGAGCCCCUUCAAUGGAUCUAGCCGGAGACACAGCCGCUGCUUUUUCACCUUCCCCUCCCGGCGCCGCUGUUCCGCUGCAGGACCCCGCUCUCUGAAACAUGGAUUCUCGUGAGCAUCUCCCACCCAACUCCCUACAGCAUUAUGUGUUUGUCAGGCGACGCUGACUGAAAGCUGCAUAUCUACCUGUCUCCUUUCACCUGAGGGAUCUCAAUCAAAAGCUAAGAGGCGAGUCCUUUUAAAAGUCGCACGGUGGUCAGGAUGCUCACGUUCUCCCUGUGAUCACCCCUCCAUGCGCUUUACCUCUCCUCUGAGCCGUGUGGCCCCCUCACCCUGUGCCGGACCCUGCUCCAUACGCCACUCCCCAGGCCUGCCAUGCUCCUCCGGGCUGCGUUGUUGCUGUUGCUGCUGCUGCUGCUGCUGCUGCACUGCUGGGCCUCCGCCCUCGGCCAGUACAACAUGUGCAAGUCUCUGGUGAGCACGGACGAGGGCUCGGUGUGGGAACAUUACGCAUGCCAGCCCAGUCCCGCGUCCAUGAAGGACUACAUGCGGAUCAAGGUGGAUCCUCACGGAAUCACGUGUGGAAAUCCACCUGAGAGGUUCUGCACUCUGGAGAACCCAUAUUUGUGCAGUGACGAGUGUGAUGCCUCCAACCCAGACUUGGCUCACCCUCCUCAGCUGAUGCAGGACCGUGAACGCAACGGCCUAAUCACCUACUGGCAGACGGUGACCUGGGGUCGACAUCCCGAGCCCCUACUCGCCAACAUUACUAUGUCUUGGAACAAGAGUCUGGAGCUCACAGAUGACAUCCAGAUCACGUUUGAAUAUGGCCGUCCCACAAUCAUGGUUCUGGAUAAGUCCAUGGACCACGGGCGCUCCUGGCAACCCUACCAGUUCUAUGCCGACGACUGCCAAGACGCCUUCAACAUGCAGCCCAAACGAGUGCGUGACCUCUCACCCACAAACCUGACACGGGUCAUUUGCACUGAGCAGUACUCGCGCUGGGUCGGCUCCAAGAACGAUAAGAACGUGAAGUUCGAGGUGAGGGAGCGCUUUGCUCUGUUUGCAGGCCCCCGGCUGCAGAACAUGGACAAUCUGUACACCCGCAUGGAAAGUAUGAAGGGACUGAGGGACUUCUUUACCUUCACCAACCUGAGGAUGAGGCUGCUUAGGCCUGCGCUCGGAGGCACCUAUGUCCAGAGAGACAACCUGCUAAAGUACUUCUACGCAAUCUCCAACAUUGAGGUUCCUGCCAGGUGUAAGUGUAACCUCCACGCCUCCCAGUGCCUGCUGACUGAGGGGAACCUCCAGUGCCAGUGUGAACACAAUACCACCGGGCAGGACUGCCAGCGAUGCAAGAAGGGCUUCAAAGCCAAGUCCUGGAAAGCAGGUUCCUACCUGCCUGCACCAACUGGAACCCCCAACACCUGUACAAUUGCUGGUUCCCCCUCCGGUUCUAAUAGGAAAAAGGGUGAGGAUGACGUUGAAGCUGAAACUGAAGCAACAGUCAUCUCUGAAGCUGAACGGUCGCCGGCCGUUACACAUGAGCCUUUAACUUCUCCUUUGGAAGAGGAUUCGGACCUCAAAGACCCCGCUGCUGAGGUUGGAAACUCACUUUUCAGUUCUCUAAACCCUCAUCAUCUUGAUAAAAGUGAAGACAGCAGAGCUCCAGCGCCAGAAAGCAGAUUUACAGAGGGCUCAGUCCCUCAAACGCACCACGCGUUAUCCACCCGUACUCCAUCUGAGCCUCCGCUGGUACGGAUGGGGCAAUCUGACCCGCUUUCUGUCAGAACGGAGCUCCAUCCUCCUUCGUCGUCGUCUCCGCCGGGGGAGAACAGAGUUUCCCCGCCACGGGAGUUCACUCGUUCAGAAACAGUCCCUGAGCUUUCACAUCUGUCCCACCCUGUUCCAGAGGGUUCCUCUCAUCACUCUGUCACCAAUCAUCAUCAUCAUUACAUAGAAGAGACUACUGUUAAAGUUCAGCAUCAUUCAAGCCUAACUGACGGAGUUUCCCACAAGUCUGUACAUGAGAGUCAUGGACACAAGGCAACAAGCUCCACUGAGCAUGAGCAAGACAGGGAGGAAGAGGAGGACAAAGAGGAAACAUCUAAAACGACAGGUGCCCACAGCCCACAGCCCCGACACGAGACCCACGGCCACAAACCAACAACUUUAUCUGAACAUGAAGGGCAGCGGAGAGAGGCGGAGGGACAUGCAGAGGCUAACGACCUCCACAAGUCUGAAGAGUAUACACAUGAAACUCACGGCCACAAAAUACCCUCAUCUGCGCAUGGAGAGAAAGGGAAGCAAACAGACAAUCAUGUUGAAAUUAAAGACCCCCAUGCAUCUAUGGGACACAAACAUGAAACUCAUGGACACUCAACAAAAACCUCCUCUGGGCACGUAGAAGACAGCAAUGAUACCGAGAAGACAGUUUCCCAUAUGGCGGAGGGACAUGUACAUGAGGCUCAUACAUCAGCUGGCUUGUCUGAACACGGUGAUGAGCAGCACACAAAGGCAAAUCCUCACAAGACAGAGGGACACAGACAUGAGAUGCAUGGCCACAGAACAACUUUACCUGAACAUGAAGAGGGAAAAAACACAAAGUCUCAAACAGUUUCCCACAUGUUUGAGGGAUACGCACAUCAACCGCAUGGCCACAAAACACCCACUUCAUCCCAGUCACAUGGAGAGAAAGGCCAUGAGCACGGGCAUGAAGACAUAAAAGCUCACAGCAGUCAUGAAGAAAACAUACAUCAGGCUCAUGGUCAUGAAGCAGCAUCUGAACACAGAGCAGAGGGUGAAAAAUCCCCAGAAAGGCAAGUCUUCCACAACCACGAGAACCACGGACACAAAACAAGCUCAGUGGAAAAUAGGCAAGAGGAGACUAACAGCAUAGACACACAUGGGCACAACACCCAGGGACACGUUAAACCAGCCGGUCACGGGCAUGAGGAGCAUCCACACAGAACAGCUGAAACUACAGGCCAUCACGCAUCUGAGGAACAUUCGCAUGGGACUCUGAAGCAUCAAACAUCAUCUCAUCAUGGAGAGGGCCACAUAGAAACACAAGCUGAAAGGAAAGACCAGCACACAUCUGAGGAACAUGGACAUGUAAUUCAGAGCCAGACAUCUUCUCAUCAUGGUGAGGAGAGAAAAGCUGUGUCAGCCCCUCACAAAUCCGAUGGACAUGUUCAUGAGACUCAUGGCCAUAAAACAGCAACAGAUGAACAAGGGCACGGUCAUACUCAGAAAGCAGUCUCCCAGAUGCAUGAGAGGCUCGCACAAGGCCACAAGACAACAGCCUCACAUGGACAUGGAGAGGAAGGGCAUGGACACAAUAAAGUAGAGAGGACAGAUCCUCAUGAGUUUCAGCCUGUUGUACAUCAUGGCCACAAAUCGACAACCUCACACGGACAUGGAGCGAUGGAGCACACACACAGAAAAGGUGAAAGUGCAGAUGCUCAUGUGUCUCACACCCAUGUACAUCACAGUCAGAACCCCCCAGCCUCACACAGGCACAGAAAGACAGAGCACUCCCACAGACAAGUUGAAGCGAUUGAAACGACAGAUCCUCCGGCGUCUCAUGGACACGGACAUGAGACGCAUGGUCACAAAUCAGCAGCCUCACAUGGACACAGACAUGAGUCGGACACACACAGAAAAGGUGAAAGUACAGAUGCUCAUGUGUCUCACACCCAUGUACAUCACAGUCAGAACCCCCCAGCCUCACAUGGGCACGGAAAGACAGAGCACUCCCACAGACAAGUUGAAGCAAUUGAAACGACAGAUCCUCCAGCCUCACAUGGACAUGGACAUGAGUCGGACACACACAGAAAAGUUGAAAGUACAGAUGCUCAUGUGUCUCACGCCCAUGAGCAUCACAGUCAGAACCCCCCAGCUUCACACUGGCAUGGAAAGACAGAGCACUCCCACAGACAAGUUGAAGCGACUGAAACGACAGAUCCUCCGGCGUCUCAUGGACACGGACAUGAGACGCAUGGUCACAAAUCAGCAGCCUCACAUGGACACGGACAUGAGUCGGACACACACAGAAAAGUUGAAAGUACAGAUGCUCAUGUGUCUCACACCCAUGUACAUCACAGUCAGAACCCCCCAGCCUCACACGGGCACGGAAAGACAGAGCACUCCCACAGACAAGUUGAAGCGACUGAAACGACAGAUCCUCCAGCGUCUCAUGGACAUGGACAUGAGACGCAUGGUCACAAAUCAGCAGCCUCACAUGGACACGGACAUGAGUCUGACACACACAGAAAAGGUGAAAUGACAGGCCAUGACAAGUCCCACGGACACAAGACUCAUGGUCACAGUUCAACAUCCUCACAUGGACACGGAGAGGAGGAGCACACACCCAGAAAUGUUGAAAUGACAGAUGCUUCCAACUCCCAUGGACAUGGACAUGGACAUGAGAAUCAAGGCCACAAAUCAGAGCAUGGAGAGACACGGCAUAGCCCAGACCCUCAUAACUCUGAAGAACAUGGCCACAAAUCCACAUCAUUUGUACAUCAGCUGGAAAGUGGAGGGCACGGGGAAACUCACAGGACAGUCGCACAUGGUUUUGAGGAGCACGCACACAGCACUCACGGCCACAAAGCAACAAUCCCAUCACGGCAUGGGGAGGACAGGGAGGACGCUCACGGCCACAGGAGGGCUGAAAAUGAAGAGCACAGUAUCGUUGCAAACCACGGGAGAGGAGGAGGUGGUCACGGGACCAUAAGGCAUGGUGUUCGGAAAGAAGACGACGAGGACAAAGAAAGAGGGAAAAAGAAAGGGCUUCUGAAACUCUUGACCUCGGGAGAGCCUCAGGUCAAACAGUUACUCGGGAUCAUAUACGACAAUUUUAAAGACUGUGAGUGCUACGGCCACUCCAACCGCUGCAGCUACAUCGACUACCUGAACAUCGUCACUUGUGUCAGCUGCAAGCACAACACCAGAGGCCAGAACUGCCAACACUGCAGACUGGGAUACUUCCGCAACGCCUCUGCCGAGCUGGAUGAUGAGAACGUCUGCAUCGAGUGCAACUGCAACCAGCUGGGCUCCAUCCACGACCGGUGUAACGGCACGGGCUUCUGUCAGUGUAAAGACGGCGCGGCGGGGGCCAAAUGUGACGACUGCCUGCCGGGAUACUACUGGAAACAAGGCUGUUACCCUAACGUUUGCGACGAGGAGAUGCUGCUGUGCCAGAACGGAGGAACGUGCUACAUGAACCAGAAGUGCGUCUGUUCCCCAGAGUUCAAAGGGGUCUUGUGCCAACAGUCUCGCUGCGAAGCGGGCAAGGACUGCAACGGCGCCUCUUCGCCGCGCCUCUCCGCGGCCGCCCUGCUGCUCUGCACUCUAAGCUACCUGCUGGCCACGUUAUCACACCACUGAGCCACGAAAAGACGCCCCCAAUCCCCUGCCUCCUCCUACCUACCCACCCUUCAGACACUAGAAGUGUGUGCACAUGGAAGGGGAACCGGAACACGAGGUGGAGGAGGGCAUCUCUAGUCAGGAGCCCCCAGCCCCCGUCCCGAACUCCCCCCCCAGCCCUCCUGCGACAGCACUCCAACAUGCACACACUCUCACCAAAAACACUACCUAAGCCCUCGCAAAGCACACGUAUAUACACACACACCUCACAGGACUGUUACGACACCGAGUGUGUGCGCUCAGGUGUGGGGAAUGGACGAGCAGAGAAACAAACGCCUCAGAGAAAAGCGAUGCAGUCAAAGGGGAAGAAAAUGAUACCAACCACUGUUCCCUUUAUUCCUCAGCUGGAGCAAUGUGCAUCAAACCAAAAAGCAUAAAAAAGUAACACUUAAAUCACCACUGUUUCACUUCAAAGGGAAUGGCUUUUGUAACCACCGGGAUUUAUUUUUUUUUUUUUUUUCCGUUUCCUUCUUCUUGGUUGAGCUAAAAAACUCUCAUCUGUUAGACUGACUGACAGCUUAUGUGUGGGUGUGGGUGGGGUGGGCGUGUGCGUGCGUGGGUGUUUCGUGUGUGUGUGAGUAAAUGUGAGGGCGUGGGUGUGUGUGUGUGGUCAGACGAGUCGACUUGACAGAAGGGUCAGAAUGAGCUUGUUUAAUUCUGCUGCUGCGGCCUACAUAGUAUAUUAACCAAGUUUCAUUUCUCCUCAGACGACGAGACUUGAUUUUACAUUUAUUCUAUUUCUGCUGCGUUUUUACUUUGAAUUGUACCGUCAGUCAUUUUAUCUAAACGCGCCCACUAGAAGUCGCUGAGAUUAUACAUAUUAUAUAAUAUCCAGGGGGGAAGACAUUAUGAGUAAAAAAAAAAAAAGAAAGAGAAAUUAGCCACUAUUAUGGUUGUCGUAGGAAUGAGUGAUUGUUGCCACGCUUAACGAGAUUUAAUCUUCACACAGUAUUCAGGAAGCAGAGUUUACCAACUUUCAACUAAUCAGAGGUCUAAAGGAAAGAGGAAAAAUGUAAAACCACGUAUCAAUUAUAUGACAUUAUUUGAAUAUUUUUUGUAGAAAUUAUUUUUGUUUGAAGUUACAAUAAAUUAUACAAAAAAAAAUACAUUUACAACUAUUCCUAAUGUGCAUUUUAUUACACUGAUUGUAAAGCUUACAGUAAAUAUGACUGUUAUUUGCCUUCUUGGUUGUAUUUUAUUUUGUUCACUCGAGAGUUUGUGUUAACAACAUGUUUAUCCUGUUCUUCAGCCAUAUUUACAGGAUCCACAAGGACGGUUCUCAUUUAAAAAAAAAAAAUCAAUGAGAAAUAUGUCUCUUAAUUCUCCAACAGUAACAAAAAAAAAA